AAAAUUUCGCUGCUUUACAACUGUUUUAAGCUUGCUUGGGGUACAUCUACUUAUUUAUGCCUCGUGUGUGCAAAGUUCGAGUUUAAAAUGGCCCAAAAGGACGCAAGAUUUGAACGCCGAUUACAUCAUCGGCGGAUCUUUCCCCGUGUUUUUGAGCGAGAAGAACGCAACGAAAUGUCAGAGCGAUAACAAGCGAUUUCAGUACUUCACAUCUCUCCGCGGAAAGGCGGUCAGUUGCUAUCGAAUGAACGUUUUUGGAUUGAUGUGGGUUGAAGCCAUGUUGUUUGCAAUUGAGGAAAUUAACAACAACACAAACAUUCUGACGAAUGUUACACUGGGAUACGAUAUACGGGACAGCGCGAAUGAAGUCCAGUUCGCUAUGAGCAAUGCAUUGGACUUCUCUUCGACAGAGGGACGAGCGAUGCAUGAGGAAGACUUUGGCACCAACAGAACAUGUGCAAAUUCUUCCGUUGUCGCUGUAAUUGGAGGAGCUGGUUCAAAAAUAUCGAAAGCGGCAGCCUAUGUGUUAGGAGUGACGUCCAUACCGCAGAUCAGUUACUCUUCCACGAGUCCCUCACUUAGUGAUAAGGCGAACUUUCCAUCCUUUUUACGUACCAUCCCUCCAGAUUAUGUCCAAGCACAAGUCAUGGCAGACUUGGUGACUUUUUUCAACUGGAGUUAUGUCUCGACAAUAGCGACUGACGAAGAUUACGGGCGAUUAGGCAUUGAAGCAUUUAAACGAGAAAUAAAGACGAGAAAUGUUUGUAUUUCCGUCGAUGAGCUUUUCCACCCCGACUACACGCUAGCCGAGACGAAGGAUCAAAUCGCGCGCAUUGUUAGCGCGCUGAAAGAGGACAAACUCGCAAAGGUUGUUGUGCUCUUCUGCGAGAUCCCAAACGCGCUUGCGUUCUUAGAAGAGGCGGAAAAACAAAACCUAGCGGGAAAAACCUGGAUUGGGACAGAUUCAUGGGGUGAUAAAAAUUCAAUCUUAUCUUUCAAAGAUUCAACAGUUGGUGGGAUGUUAGGCAUUGUGCCAAGCAAAGGGAACAUUGAAAAAUUUGAACAACAUAUGGCGCAUUUAACACCUUUGAACACCGAACAUAAUCCUUGGUUUGAGGAUUUCUGGCAAGGAACGUACGGAUGCCGUAAAGAAAGAACAAAAAACAAUUGCGAAGGAAGUUCAUCCAAGAACAAGGAAGAAAAUCAACAAAACUGCUCGCUGUAUCGCGUCAGCUGCAAUGGGUUUUCGAGCGGCACGCGACUGCCGAAUGCUGCGAGAUUGGAAUUGAACAAAGCAGCGAAUGUCAUGGAUGCAGUUUAUUCCGUUGCUUUGGCGCUCGACGAUGUAAUCAAAUGCAAAAACGGACGCGGUCUUCUUGAAAAUGGGGCUUGUCCCAGCGUGAAAAAUGGAGUGAAGCCGUCGGAUAUUUUGACUUAUAUCAAGAAUUUGUCAUUUACUGGUAAACUUGGUUUCCCAAUUGUUUUUGACAAGUACGGCGAUAUCAAAGGUCACUACUUAGUAAAGAGUUUACAACCCGCCCCAGACUCCGCGCACGGCAAGACGUUCAUCACGCUGGGGAGCUGGGACUGGGUCACGCGUAGACUCAAUUUCCACAACACCACAAACAUCAUGUGGAACGGAUGGAAUCCCAGGGUGCCUCACUCUCGCUGCAGCUCUCCGUGUGAGCCUGGGCACUACAAAGUCCAAGGUGAUUUGCCAUGCUGUUGGAAGUGUGUUCAAUGUCCGUUUGGAGCAAUAACAAACAGGACGGGCCAAUCAGAGUGUGAUAUUUGUCCCUUGGGAUUUACCUCGGAUGUAAAUCACACGCGGUGCUUGGAGCUGCCGGAAGUGUACUUAGAAUGGGAUUCGAAAGCCGGAAGUGUGAUUCUAGCUUUCUCUGCUCUCGGUUUCUUGAGUACAGCUUUCACUCUUGGCGUGUUUUACAGAUAUCGGAAUAGCGCUGUUGUUAAAGCUUCUACUCGCGAGUAUUCGUUACUGAUUUUACUUAUGAUAGCCUGCAUGUUCCUGCUUCCUCUCUUACACCUAGGCAAGGUAACUGACAUCGUUUGCAAGGCGCAGCCGUUCUGUUUCGCUUUUGUUAUUACGUUCUGGGCCUCGCUGAUGCUGACGAAAACCAGGCGUCUUUUGCUUAUCUUUAAAAACAAGACACUUCCAGGAAAAGUUGGUUACGGUGUUCGCUUGCAGCUCUUAAUUGCGGUCCUACUCACUUUAGCGAUCAUGGUAGCGAUCAUACCAUGGAUCUUGUCAUUUCCGCCGGAAGUCACCAUGCACUAUUACGAUACGCGCGUCAGUGUUGACUGCGGCGAGAAGGCGAACAAACUGCUCAUGAUCAUACUGGCGUAUGCCGCCGUGCUUGCUAUACCGUCGACGUAUCUCGCGUACAGAGCACGAAAUUUGCCGGCAAAUUUCAACGAGACGCGACUCAUUGGUUUCACUAUGUUUACCGUCUGUGUAAUAUGGAUAAUAUUUGUUCCCUGUUACUAUGACAGUGAUGUAGAGAACAGAAGUAUUGUUCUUUCAUUUGCGCUCAUCGUGACUGGCUUUACAAUCCUCUUUUGCAUGUUUUCCAGUCGACUGCGGAUCAUUUUCUUUCAGCCAGAAAAAAAUAGAACCGAACUCGUUCGCGCCAGCAUGUUCGACUACACAAUGCGCGUGCGCAGGGGAUCGAACGCUGCCACGAACCUUCGCCGAAUGUCUGUUGUGACUGUAGGUACCUUUUCUGUACCAUCAAAGAAUCGUUGACAAUUUCAUCUCCAUCUGAGCAAAUCAUAAAAUAAAUCCAGGUUUCAUUCCCCAAAAUGCUGAGAUCAAGAAGAACUGAUCAUGAGCCUUUAUACACUAGGGUUUCAUCCACAGACUGAAAAGUUAGAACCACCUUGUACAGCAUAAUAUAACAAACA